GCGAGCGGGGUGAGGAAGAGAGGGGAAGGAAGAAGAGGAGUCAAGAAGGAGCGAGAAUAAAACGAUUAGAGCAGAAAUAAGAGCUGCGAUCUGGGAAUCAGGGCUCGUUCCAUCUCCUUGUGCAUCACUGCGGAUCUGAUCACUGCAGUCACGAUCCAGCAUGGAGGGCCUGAGAGUCGUGGGCUUCAGCAUGCUGCUCUGUGUAGCUUUCUCUGAGAAUCCAACUGAUGUGGCGGUGUUCUUGGGCGAGGAUUAUCAUAUCUCGUUGCCGGAGGGGGGUGCCAAGGUGACCUUCAAGCCCAGUAUCGGUGCAGCGGACCGGGAGCUGGAGUUGAUGAAGGAUGGGAAAGUGGUAAACCCACGGGGCAAAGUGAACCAGGCUCUAAGUCACCUGAUUCUGGAGAAUAUUGGAGAAAGCGAUGAGGGCGUGUACAUCAUCACAUCUGAACAGAACCCUGACGUCAUCAAGCAGAUCAAUCUGUUCGUCAGAGAUUGCACAGCGGAGACGAAUGUGAUAUACGGAGCCGACUUUCACAUUACGCUGCAUGAAGCCUCUACCCCUGUGACUGUGGGCUUUCGUCCCAGUGCUGUGGAGGCCAACCAGACGUCUCAACCCGCAGUGGAGCUUCUGAAAGCUGAUGGAACUUUCCAUGACGGUUACGAGGGCCGUCUGAGCGUUACCGAGAGCCGCUUUGUUCUGAAAGCUGUGACUGGGACUGAUGAAGGCAGCUACACCAUCAGUGGAGUAGCUGAUGGUGUAGGGAAAGUGAGCAAUAAGAUCUGCCUUAAUGUUAAAGAGUUUCAUAAAUUCAUCACAGUGCCAUAUGGAGGCACGUUUAAGUUUAACCUGCAUCUAAACAGUUCCUUUGCCCGUCUGACAUACUCACCCGACACCUCUGAACCUAACAACCCCAGUUUGAUGCUUGUGGACAGAGGUACGAUUACCCUGCCUCCUGAGCGCAACAUGGAGGGCCGAUUCUCCAUGGAGGACUCGAUGUGUAUAUUGGAGCAGGUGACGGCCAGUGAUGCAGGAAUCUAUCAGGUCACUGAUCUAGAGGGCUUCCCUGUGUCCAGAAUCUUCUUGGGGGUUGAACCGUACAGGCUGCCUAACGUCUUUGUGGCAGUGAUUUCUCUGGUGGCUUUGCUGGUGGUGCUGCUCCUGGUGUGUUUGGUGUCAUGUUUGGUGAAGGUGCGCAAACGGGCAGCAAAAGCCCGGGCCAUUGAGAAGAUUGCAAAAAAUGCUGGCAAAGAGGAAGGGGAUGCCUUUAGACAGGUAGUAAAGGAAGCUUGCUCUCGUCAAAACGACGAGGCUCCAGCGCUCUCGCAAAAAGAAGAUAUUACAGAGAAAUCCCAGAGCACUGAGAUCAGCAUUAAGGGGCUAGAAGUAUCUGCUAAGGACACAAGUAUCCAUGAUAAGAACCUGGAGACCAGUGACUCAGGAGUAGGCUUCACCACUGCUGGCCUUCCACUGGACAGUGAUACCGAGGCACCAACAAUAGCCAUUGCAGACACCGAUAGCCAGUGCGAUUCCAAACCUAUUGCCAAACAAGAGUCCAAACUCACAGUAUCUUCACCUCCCAAGCCAGCAACUACUCCUGAGACAAAGCCAGAAUCUGAAGGACCAGUUACAGCAGCUCUGAAACCAGCACCGUCUCCUGAACCCAAGCUCUCUGUUACACCAACACAAGAGACAAAAAUGACCAUCUCACCCACUCCUGAGUCGAAACCAAGCCUUAGUCCGUCACCAGAACCCAAGCCGGCAGUAACACCUGAUUUGAAACCAACAGUUAGCCCUACUCCUAAAGCUUUAGAAGUCCAACCAUCUUCCACUUCUGAAGUCAAACUUUCCCCAAGUCAUGAAGCUCCAAAAGCAUUGACACCAACCCCUGAGUCAAAACUGGCCACAACUCCGACUAAAAUGGCUGUCUCUCCAGCUUCUGAUCUCACACCAAGCAAACCUGAUGCCACGGCAUCUGCUGUGAGUCCAACACCAGCAACUCCUGACACCAAGCCUGCCCUUACUCCAACUCCUGAACCCAAACCAGCUCUCUCACCAACUCCUGAGGCAAAACCAACCACCAAUGGAACCCUUGAGCCUACCCCAGAUUUAGGAUCAUCUGAGUCGAGUGCAAUCCCUGAAAAAACCCCAGAGACUGAUAAAAGCUCUGUAAAAGUCCCAGAAGUCAUCUCGACCGUGGUUCCAGUUCCGGAGGCCAACCAAGACUCUGCCUCCUCCAGUGAUGGUGCCCCUGCCUCAGGAGUGGAGGAAACCUCCACCACUUGAGGUCCAAAUCAUUGCCUGAUUACUACUCCCUCCACAUGUCCUUUAACACCGCUGACAAUCGAGAUCUAACAACAAAAACUCAACAACUUAUUAUGAAGGAGGGCAACUUUAGUCUAAAUCUCACUCUUAAUGCAUACACUGUAAAUUUACCCGAUCAAUUCCCAUUUAAUCACUUUGUAACACAGUUCCAUUUACACAGUUUCAGAUGUACCACUACAAGGUACCACUACAGGUAUUUCCAUUGACUGUUUAUCUAACGCAGGCUGACAAAGGCUGCAUCUUCCAUGCAAACAAGAUGUACAGAUGCAUCAUCCUAAUGAUACCUAAAUAUGAUUCCACUGCAUGCAACAAAAAAAAGAGAAAAAAAAUCAAGAGAAUGAACUAACUUCACGUAAUCUUUGAUGUAUUUGGAGAUUGUAGUAUUGAACUGGGUGAUGGUGACCAUAGACCCUUUUCCUUCUUGUUCCUAGCCCAAAGACUUUGGCUACUUUAGUUCCUUUUCCACAUCCAAAUCAAUAGAAAUAUCAACGAUAUAAGAAAUCAGAAAAUAUCACUGAAGGCCAAAAAGUGCACCGAUCUUAAAAAUGUUUACUGGGAUGAGAAAAAAGGAAAGAAAGAAAGUUUACUGGGACUUGAGAUUGAUGCGGAACAACCAUAACCUACAACAUUACCUAGAGCAUUUUGAUGGAACUAUUUUUGGAGUAACUCCAUUGAAACUGAAACAAAAAAAAGAAAAAAUCCAGACCACAUUCGAAAUUAUAGGCACAAUUUUACUGGAUCCCCAAUGUCGGCACAUGAGCCAAGAUUUCCAACAAUGGACUGACUUAGAAAGGUAAUCGAUAAAACAAAAAAAACCUUGUCAUAACAUUCCAUCCCUUUGGAUUGUUUCUAUUGUUAGAUACUUUAAGUAUAAUACAGGCAAAAAAUAUUUAGAUUUAGGUCUAUCUGGCAUGAGUGUGUUACAGUAUUUGUUUAUGGAUGCCUAUACUUAGUAGUUCUCAACGGUGUGAUUUUUUUUUUUUUUUAUGAGAAACUCUAGAAUGCUCUUGGAUAGUCCUAGAUAAUGUAGAAUGAUAUAAAAGGCACUUACCACAGGACAUCGUUACUGAUUCUAAUUUUGGACUACGGAAAGCUGAUCGAAAAUCGGUGCUUUUACUCCAGGAAUCUUAGGGAUGAUUGAUUAAUUGAUCGUUUAAAAAAAAAAAAAACAACAACACAUUUUACCAUCAGCUGUCAGAAUCAGUUUACAGAGAUUUCGUGCCUCUUGUGGAAUCUGAACACCACUGCCCUUUUGCUAUUGCACCAACAGUGUAGGAAAGGAAGCAGUUCUUACAGUGACCUGUUUAGAUGGGUUUUAGAUUUCUUUUAGAUCCAGAAAAGGAUGUGUUCAAGCUCGUUUACAUGAAGUAGGUGUAUAACAAGAAAUGGGCAGGUUUUAGUACUGGGUAGAUGUUUGGUAAUGCAGAUGAUUUCUCUGAAGCCUCUACCUCGUGUUGUAAAACAUCUUAGGAGACACUGAGGCCUUGUUCAGACUGCCAGCGCAAAUCAACAUUUUUGGUGUAUCCAGAUUCGAAUCGGUUCGGAAUCAGAUUGCUUUUAUGUUGUCUGAAUGGUAAAAAAAAAUCGGAAUUUUGAAAAUCCCAUUUCAGCCAAGAAAACCGACUGCUAUCGAUGACAGCCUUGUGAGAGCUGUGAAGAGAAAAAGAAAACAUUUAGUGACAUCAUCGUAACAUCCCCAGGAUGAGCAUGAGUGCAUCACAAUCCAGCAUUUGAGGAACACUUUAAGGACGGGAAAUAUACAUCGCUGCCAUACCACAAGACACAAACCACCAAAGAGAUUUUAUAUCUCUACUCCUAACCGUCUUUCUGUUUUCUGUCUGUUGCUAUAACUCGCCAGCAUUUGACGUCACUUCACACCACCCACUCGCCACAGUGUACCCACACCUCCGACGUCGUUACCAUAGCAACCAAUGCAGAUAGGUCGACAGUGUGUCCGAUCUGGGCUGCCAGUCUGAACAGAACCGAAUCCAAUCUGAUCAAAUACCAUUGUGGGGAAACUAAUCGGAUUUGCCUGUAGUCUGAACAAGACCUACUGUAAGAGAGCUGCCGUUACUGUAGUGCACUGAUAGGGGAUAUAAAAGUUCUACACUUUUUUUUUUUUUUUUUUUUUUUACAUUUCUGAUUAAAGCACAAAAUUUGAUCUUAUUACAUUUUUGAAACCACAAAUCUUGGGCACUGAGGGUGCCCUCCUCCCUCGCCGUUAUCUCAGAAUGGCCUUGUUCUUUCUAAGCCUUUUACACACAUAUACUGUACAUAUAUAUCAGUAUUAUGAAUUGAAAUUUUAAAGCCAUAUGCUCUUAUAGUGUAAUACAUCAUGACACGUACGGUUAUUAGGUUUGUAAUGAACUUAUAUUACCCACUCUAGAUAAUUAGAGACUUUGAGGUUAAUACGGACGUUUUAUCUGACGUUUUUGGCUUUUUAACUGAAUAUACUGUCUCAAUAUUGUCAAACCACAGAAUUAUCAGAUAGGAUCUUUUCUUAGAAGGUCUCAAAUGGUUCUCAGAUGGCUCGGUAAUAUGAUUUCUGAGAAAUAAUUAGUAGCUCUAGCUGCAGAGGAAAUUGGUUGCUACCAAUAUUACCAAUAUUAGCUAAUAAAUCUUGCAGUCACUCUCGCUUUCACGUCUCUCUCUCUCUCUCUCUCUCUCUCUCUCUCUAACCAAAGUGCUAUAGGCCACGAGCCGUUUUUUUUUUCUCCCCAAAACAGCUGGUCUGUCAUUUCGAGAUCUAUUUAAGCAAUACUAAGUGCAAAGACUAUGCACGUUCACGCACAUCAGUCGUUAAAAGGCAGGAGCUCCUGAAACGGGUUCUGCGAGGCAAUGACAAUGGAUAUGCAUUAUUCCUUUUGUGUUGUCAUCACAGAAAUAUACAUUUAUCACUAUCAAUUGGUGAAUUGCACAUUUAUUAUAUAAGCAUGAUAUUAUACGAUCGAUAGUCCCUUCGUCAUGAUAAUAUAGAUCCUGCGAAUCUUAUCAGAUCCAGAAUGCAUCACUCUGAGUGUCUCAGACAUGCAUUUACACAUGCAACUCAAAAAAAAAAACAAGGUGGAGGAAUAAUCAAUACAUACUGUACAUGAAGAUGUUUGGUUAUACUGUAUGGCAUGAAUACACUUUGGAACUCAUUGAGAUUAUUACAGGUUUAAUUAAAGCUUCUUAAAAACAAACAAAAAAAAAACAAACAAAAGAAAAAAGAUUAAAAAAAAAAAAUCCCUGUGAGUGUGAGUGUAGUGUGUCAAUCAACUAAAGUUCUGGUUUUCUACAGCAUGGUAGUCCUAGUAGAAGAGCAUCAGGGUGUACACAGUGACAGGAGGAGGGUCAGGCAAAGAUCUUGCUUUCGCCCCUGCGCUAGUUAAAGGUUAAGUGCCUUGCUUGGGGGCACAGCCGCGUUUAACACAGCAGAAUGGGGCGUCGGACCCGUUCAUAUAGACACCAGCUCUUGAACACAGUCUGUUCGAGUUUGUAUGAUUUCGCCGUAACCCGCUCACUAACCUGCACCUUUGUAUGUGCUUCGCCGUAACACGAAGAACAGCAACAGCCGUACGCAACAGACGAACGAAAUGCUAGUUUAAAUAACUACAGUAUAUAACCUCUAGACGCGUAGUAAUCAUAGUAACUAAGUGUGUUUGCAAAAAAAACAAAAAAACAAAACAGAUAGCUAAGGUAGAGCAUGAACUCAGUGAAAUCAUUUUCUGAACAGGUGAUAACAUGCAUCUUUUUUGUUUUAAAAAAAUAAUAAUAAUAAAAUAAAAUAAAAUAAAAAAAAGUUUAAUAUUUAGUGUACACCCACCAAGGCGGGGGAAUGGGUUUUUUCUCCACACGUUUGUACUGUGUGCGCAGUAUGUGUGUGUAUUCCGUAUUUGGUACUUAUAUGUAUUUACUAUCGACACAGUAAGUAUGCAUUAGAUGGAUGUGUGUGUGUAUGGGUUCUGUGUUUACAAUAAAACUACACUGGAUACACGAUGGAUAGUGAAUGCCGCUGUUUCAGAGAGAUAGCUAUUUCUACUUUCUCUCUUUCUCUCUCUCUCUCUCACACACACACACACACACACACACACACACGCCAUUAAGACUUUUCACAUGACCUCCUUUUUAAUUUCUCUUGCCUAACAUUUGGCCAUGACGUCAGGAGUAACCGGAAAUGAGAUGUGUAAUGGGUUCUGGGUUCGAUUCCCGCGUCAGGGUCUGUGUGCAUGAUGUUCCUACGGGUACUCCGGUUUCCUCCCACAGUCUAAAGAUUAGGCUAAUUGGCGUUCUCAAAUCACCCGUAGUAUGUGAGUGUGUGAGUAUUGACCAACAGUCGUAAAAUGGGAAUAAAUACACCAUUUGGUCACCAUUGGCGUCCACGCUCCCUACAGGGGUCCCUAUAUAUUAAUGACACAAAACUGGAUACUAAUGUGAUUUAUUGUAAGUUAUAUCUUUUGUUUUUAUUCCUUAAUUGGUCUGUUUAAUGCCACAACGGUCAUGUUUGUAUCUAGCGUAGGUUUAAAUACAUGAUUGGACAUAAGGGAAGAACAAUAUGCUCACCCUGUAUACCGACUCAUAAAGGGGAACAAAGUCGGAGACAUCUGUACUGGGUUCUCAUAAUUUAAAACAAUGCUUUCUAAGUCACGGUAGGUUUAUGGUGAGGAUGAUCGGUCUGUGUACGUUGCUUUCAUUUGUUUUUCUUUAUGACAUGAAAAUGCUAAAUAAAGAAACAGACUUUUUUCCCCCUGUAUAGUAAAAUCCAAAAUAAAUUAUAAUUAUAUUAUUUUCUAUAUAUUUCGAAAAAAAGAAAAGGCAAAGACACAGAAAUUGCAGUAAAGUGCAAUUGAAAAGUCAGGGUUACCUGGAGGUAGAAGUGAGCACCUCACCAACCUGAUUUUACUUUUUCUAAAAGAUACAGUGCCGUGAAAAAGUAUUCCCCCCCCCCCCUUUUUUGGGGCAUUUUUUACACUUAAACGAUUGAGACCAUUAGGCAAAAUAAAACAAAUAUUAAGGUAAAAAAAGAUGUCUAAACCCACCUAAACCCAUGUGAAAAAGUAAUUGCACCCCCUUGCUCAAUCAUGCUUGAACUGUGAUUAGCUAAAUCUUUUGGAAAGCUAAUAAAGUUAUAAAUUUCACCCAGGCGUGAUUACUGCCAAACCUCUUGAAUCAAGAAAUCACAUAAAUAUAUCCUGUCUGACAAAAUCAGGUAUGUUAAAAUCUUUCACAUCAUGUCACGAUCUAAAAAAAUUCAAGACCAAAUAAGAAAAAAACUGAAUUGACUUCAGUCAAAUUACAAAGUUAUUUCCAAGCGAGCCACGGUAAGAUCUGUUAUCCACAAAUGGAGAAAAUUUGAAACAGUGGAGAACCCUCCCAGGGGUGGGAAACUACUCCAUGAGCACAACGAUGACUCAUCCAGGAGCUGAAUCAUUCAAGUGUAACAAAUGUAAAAUAAAUAAAUAAAUAAAAUCAGGAAUACCUUUCAAGUAAGUGUAUAAUAAAAAUAGGAUCCACAUACUGUAUAGUACUGUACAAACGAUUCAGGCGCAUGCAAAAAAAAAUGCAGUAAAGCAAAGAUACCUUCGAAAAUUAUAAAAUCAAACCUAAAAGCAUUUAGAUAAACAGUAAUGAUUGGAAUUAUUUGGCGUGACGACUCCUCGCUCCCUGCCACAGUACACAUUGAGACUCUGAUACACGUGGCGUGUAAAACCCAGCAGCCUUCAUUGGAGUCGGACAAGCGGUCUACAGUAUGUUGGAAAAGUAACGUUUGGAAAUAUCAUAUGCAGCUGUUCUUGCUCUGAAAAGACCAUAAGUUAUAGACAUCAACAUCUAUCAAAUACUCAGCGCCUGGUGGAAUAGUGUUUAGUACCUCAAGGGUGUCCUCGAGUUUCCUCCCACAGUCCCAAUGCUUAGUGUAGGCUUACUGAUGUUUCCAAAUUGCCUCGUGUGUGUGUGUGUGUGUGUGUGUGAGAGAGAGUGUGUGUGAGUGUGUGUGAUUGUGUGUGAGUGUGUAAGUGUGUG